CUAUAAAACCGCGCCUGCAACACGUCAGCUAUUCACUACCGUACCACCAAGGACAGCCCAAGUUAUCAUCAUGGCGAGCGAGAAGUCAGACAACAAGCAGGAAGCUCAGAUCAAGUCGGCGGACAUGAGCGAAGAGAUGCAAAAUGAGGCUAUCGAAGUCGCACAGCAGGCUUUGGACCAGUUCACGAUUGAGAAGGACAUUGCCCAGUUUAUCAAGAAGGAGUUCGACAGCCGGAAGGGUGCCACAUGGCACUGCAUCGUAGGCAGGAACUUUGGAAGCUUCGUCACUCACGAGACAAAGCACUUCAUCUAUUUCUACCUCGGACACUGCGCCAUCCUGCUCUUCAAGACGCAGUAAGCCAUGCAAAUGGAUCAACGUACCCUCGGAGCUGUGGAUUCUCUGCUUGGCUCUCUCCUCUAACUCCUGGACUCUCCGGAUCGCGGUCUCAGCUCGAAACAGAUUCUAGGACGAUUCAACUUUCGCCCCAUCACCUUUCCUUGGUCGGAUUCUUUCCUUUCCUCGUCAAUGGACUUCCAGACUGUUCAUUCUGGAGUUGAGGGUAUGGCGGCGCUUCUCAGGACGGCAUGAUGAUGAGGAUAUGAAGUCUCAAUUGCAA